ACUAACAAGUGUUUGUAUUUGUAGAGAGAUAAAGUGUUCUAGAGAGAGAAAAUGAAGCACUUACUGAGAAGUCUGCGUGAGAGAGAGGACUGCAAGUUCGAAUUAUUCUUCUUCUGUGUAUUCUUUUAAUCAUAAGUAGUUCAUUUUCUUUUCUUUGUUUGUGUGUGUAUAUAUAUAUAUAUAUGUGUGCGCGCUUCAAAAUUGUAUUUUAUAAUACACCAUGUAUGUCCCCGAGGCUGCGCGAUCAGUCCAGAGAAACCCAAAUGGGAUGGAGGAUGGAGGACGGAGGAGAGAGAAAGUGAGUUCUAGAGAGAGAAAGAGAGGAGAGAGAAGCAAUUAAAAAAAAGCUAAGGACGCUGGCCCUUCACAAGCCUUUUACACGUGAUAAAGAAAACACCAAAAGCACUUGCAUGCGUGUAUAAGAUUCAUCAUCAUCAUCUCUCUCUCUCUCUCUCUCUGAUCUCUCUCUCUCUAUAUAUACACACACACAUGACCCUGAAGAAUCAAUCACACCCCACUAAACCAUCUUCUUUUUAUCUCCACUUUCUAGCGCUUCAAGUUCUUUGGCAGUUUAUCUUUUGAGCCCCUCCCAGUUCAUGAUUAAAGCUCAUUGCUUUGGUGGAUUCAAGCUCUUGUCUUGUCUUUUAAUGCCUCUCACUGAGCUGGUUGGUGAGUUCAAAUUCUUGGGAUUUUCAGUGAAAAUAGGCAUAAAUCUGUGAAGGAAAGUGAACCAAAACUAGUAGAGAAGGCAGUGUCUUGGUGUGCUAUUUGGUGAAGGAUCUUUCAUUGGGACAGGUUUUUGUGCUUUGCAUAUCAGUUCAUCAUGCCCAUUAGGCAGAUUAAAGAGAGCUCAGAACAACACCUUGUGAUCAAACCCCACUUACAAAACUCCAUGAACCCAGUUCAGAAGCCCCACAAAGCCGCCCAAAAUGGCAAAGGCCCACCAACGCAAGAGCACCACAACACCAAACUCCAUAACCAAACCUCACCUCCAUCAAAAAACAGAGGAAGAAGAAGGGGGAGAGGCGGCCGGAAAUCCGAUCAAGGCGACGCUUUCAUGCGGCCGAGUUCAAGGCCUUGCACCGCCGCGAAUAAGCCCAUCUUGGCGGCGAAACCGGCUGGGGCUGAUGUAGCAGAUAUACCAAAUGGUGGGUCAGUUGGAAAUGGGAGCAACUCGUGUGAUGUAGAGAUGGGUUUUCCUUCUUCCAGCAAGUCUUUGAGUUUUGCCCCUAGACCUGGUCAUGGGCAGCUUGGGACAAGAUGUAUUGUAAAGGCCAACCAUUUUUUUGCAGAGUUACCAGACAAGGACUUGAACCAGUAUGAUGUUACAAUAACUCCAGAAGUUGCAUCAAGAACUGUGAACAGAGCCAUCAUAGCAGAGCUGGUGAAACUGCAUAAAGAAUCUGACUUGGGGAUGAGACUGCCUGCUUAUGAUGGCAGAAAGAGCUUAUACACUGCUGGUGAGCUUCCUUUUGCUUGGAAGGAGUUCAACAUCAAACUUGUAGAUGAAGAAGAUGGAAGUAAUGGUCCCAGAAGGGAGAGGGUAUACAAAGUGGUGAUCAAGUUUGUUGCAAAGGCUAAUUUGCAUCACUUGGGCCAAUUUCUUGCUGGUAAGCGCGCGGAUGCUCCACAAGAGGCUCUUCAAAUUCUAGACAUUGUAUUGAGAGAGCUCUCAACAAAGAGGUACUGCCCUGUUGGAAGAUCAUUCUUUUCGCCUGAUAUUAGAAAACCUCAAAGGCUUGGUGAUGGCUUAGAGUCAUGGUGUGGAUUCUACCAGAGUAUAAGACCCACCCAGAUGGGUUUGUCUCUAAAUAUUGAUAUGGCUUCGGCUGCAUUUAUUGAGGCUCUCCCUGUUAUAGAGUUUGUUGGCCAGCUUCUUGGCAAAGAUGUGUUAUCGAGGCCAUUGUCUGAUUCUGAUCGAGUGAAGAUCAAAAAGGCCCUUAGAGGAGUGAAGGUUGAAGUAACACAUAGGGGUACUGUACGAAGGAAGUACCGUGUUUCAGGAUUAACAUCUCAGCCCACAAGAGAACUGGUGUUUCCAGUUGAUGACAACUCAACCAUGAAAUCAGUUGUUGAGUACUUCCAAGAAAUGUAUGGCUUCACAAUUCAACAUACACAUCUUCCUUGCCUUCAAGUAGGAAAUCAGAAGAAGGCAAACUAUUUACCCAUGGAGGCCUGCAAGAUUGUUGAGGGACAACGAUAUACAAAAAGAUUGAAUGAGAAACAAAUUACUUCUCUUUUGAAAGUUACGUGCCAAAGGCCCAGGGAUCAAGAAAAUGACAUUUUGCAGACAGUUCGACAUAAUGCUUAUGAUCAAGAUCCAUAUGCGAAGGAGUUUGGGAUCAAAAUCAGUGAAAAACUCGCUUCAGUAGAGGCUCGAGUUCUCCCUGCUCCUUGGCUGAAAUAUCAUGAAACUGGGAAGGAAAGGGAUUGCUUGCCUCAAGUUGGUCAGUGGAAUAUGAUGAACAAGAAAAUGAUUAAUGGGAUGACUGUUAGCCGGUGGGCAUGUAUCAACUUCUCACGGAGCGUGCAAGAGGGUGUUGCUCGUGGGUUUUGCAAUGAACUGGCUCAAAUGUGUCAAGUUUCUGGCAUGGAAUUCAAUCCAGAGGCUGUGAUUCCAAUCUAUUCAGCCAGGCCUGAGCAAGUAGAGAAAGCUUUAAAACAUGUUUAUCAUGCAUGUAUGAACAAACUCAAAGGGAAAGAAUUGGAGCUUGUAUUGGUUAUUUUGCCAGACAACAAUGGGUCUCUAUAUGGUGAUCUGAAACGAAUAUGUGAAACUGAUCUCGGUUUGAUAUCACAAUGCUGUCUUACUAAACAUGUCUUCAAGAUUAGCAAGCAAUACUUGGCUAAUGUGUCAUUGAAGAUCAAUGUUAAGAUGGGUGGUAGAAACACUGUUCUUCUGGAUGCUAUCAGCUGUCGGAUACCGUUAGUCAGUGACAUACCAACCAUAAUAUUUGGAGCAGAUGUGACUCACCCAGAGAAUGGAGAAGACUCCAGCCCCUCGAUAGCUGCUGUUGUAGCAUCUCAGGAUUGGCCUGAAGUUACAAAAUAUGCGGGACUGGUAUGUGCUCAAGCUCAUAGACAGGAACUAAUACAAGAUUUGUACAAGACAUGGCACGAUCCUGUUCGUGGCACAGUUUGUGGUGGCAUGAUUCGGGAUCUUCUGGUGUCUUUCCGGAAAGCAACAGGGCAAAAACCACUGAGGAUUAUAUUUUACAGGGAUGGUGUGAGUGAAGGGCAAUUUUACCAAGUCCUACUUUUUGAGUUAGAUGCGAUUCGGAAGGCUUGUGCGUCUUUAGAACCGAACUAUCAACCGCCAGUGACUUUCAUUGUGGUACAAAAACGACAUCACACCCGGUUGUUUCCCAACAACCAUAGGGAUCGGAGCAGCACCGACAAAAGUGGAAACAUUUUGCCUGGCACUGUGGUUGAUUCUAAAAUUUGUCAUCCUACGGAAUUUGACUUUUAUCUCUGCAGCCAUGCUGGUAUUCAGGGAACUAGUCGGCCAGCUCAUUACCAUGUUCUAUGGGAUGAAAAUAAUUUUACAGCAGAUGGGAUCCAGUCACUGACCAACAAUCUCUGUUACACAUAUGCCAGGUGCACGCGUUCUGUCUCUGUUGUUCCUCCGGCGUAUUAUGCGCACUUAGCGGCAUUUCGAGCAAGAUUCUACAUGGAACCAUAUAUGCAGGAAAAUAGCUGUGCAGGUCAAGCUGCCAAGGGCACACGAGCAGCUGGAGAGUCCGGUGUGCGGCCCCUGCCGGCCCUGAAGGAGAAUGUGAAGAGAGUAAUGUUUUAUUGUUAAUUAGAUUAAAGAAAGAAAUUGUACUGGGUGAGUGGUGUAGGGUUGUUCAACAGUUAUGGUAGAGUCACCUUUGUAUAUGUAAGAUAUUGAUUCUGUCAGUUGUAAGGUCGUACAGCUUAUAUCAGUGAUUACAAAGUGCUAGAGCUUCAGUUUUCUUUGGAACACAA